GAUAAUGCCUACUGUAUUUUCAAAGAUCGAGGACCUUCGUUGAACGACAGGCAUUAGUUCAUUAUUACCAUCAUAAACCAGUCUAAUCUGUACUUUAGUAGACUCGAAUCAAGAAUUUAAUUCAUUAUUUGCGUUGUGUUGGGUUAACCAGAUUGACGUACAAAGCUUUUCAUCAUGAUGCCCGUGCAAAAGAUCCUGUCGACUGUGGGCUGCAUCUUGCUCUUGGCCUGCAGCGGUUCUAACGCUGCUGCCCCUGCACCGAAGCGAACGAAAAAGGGAGUUCCCAAGGGAGCCGUCUCUCCACGUGGUGCCCUGGCCCACAAGGAUCAACUCCGAAAGAAGACAGUCGAAAAGAUUGAGGCAGCAAAGCGAUUGAACCGCCGCGAAAAGAAGGAAGUUGCCGAUGCCGAAAUGCAGACCUACAAGACUUUGCGCCGCGAAGGUGCCGACGAGGUAACCAACUCUGCUGAAGCACAAAUGUUGCGAAACUACCGUCUUCGCAACAAAAAGCGAAAGGGGCUUCUUCGUAAAAAGCAAACCUCCUUGGCCCAAAUCUUGUUCCCUGGAGUUUCUCCCGAAGAGUAUAAUUUUCAAGAACAAGUUUGGAUUUAUUCCGACUUAGUGGAAUCGAAGAAGACCCAAGUUCCUUAUGAAUAUUACGAUUUGCCUGGAUGCCCAUAUCAGGUCGAAUCUGGUAUUAAGAGAAGACGACGCGAGAGAAAGAACCUUGGUGCAAGAUUGCAGGGGCACGACACGAAGCCUGCUCCAUUCAAACUCUUUGCCAAACAAGACAAGGAAUGUACUCCCAUGUGUCUUGUUACUUUGGAAGGAAAAAAGCUCCGUUGGAUGAGAAAUCUGAUUCAGCGUCAGUACCGAGUUCAACUUCAGUUGGAUGGCCUACCAGUAUUGAUGAGAAGCUCGGAACUGAAUUAUGCAGUAAGGGGAUACCCCAUCGGAUUUGUUUCUGCCGCUGGUGGGACAGUAGCAAAGAGCAAGCGUAACAAUGCAGAUGUAUACCUAUACAAUCACUUAAAGUUUGCCAUUACCUACCGCACGGGCGAAGAUUUUGAUGGUAUUCGCAUCACUGGAUUCGAUGUCCACCCUGUCAGUAUUGCCCACGAUAUUCCCGAAAACAAAGCUGUGACCGAGACCGCUUCGAGUUUAUCCACUUGUAAAGGAAUGGGUGUCGAAAACGAUCCAUCUAGCUACCUAUCUCUAUCUUUUGACAAAGGAAACUCUGUGGAUGUCAUCUAUAGUUAUGAUGUUACGUGGAUUGAAAACGAUAGCUUGUUGUGGGCAGACCGUUGGGAUGUUUAUUUGGUCGGUGCACCCGAUGACGAUAUUCACUACUACUCCAUCAUCAACAGUCUCAUGAUUGUCUUGUUCAUGACUGGAGCUGUCGCAACCAUCGUCAUCCGCACUCUUCGCAAGGAUAUUGCUGGAUACAAUGAGUUGCAGACUUUAGAAGAAGCUCAAGAAGAGACUGGCUGGAAGUUGGUGCACGGGGAUGUCUUCCGCCCUCCUCAAUUCUCUCCUAUGUUGCUUUCGGCAAUGGUUGGUACAGGUGCACAGAUCGGUUGUGCUUUCGGCUUUGCUAUGCUUCUUGCCAUCUUUAAUGUGACAAACUCGAUGAGAAAGGGACAGAUUUUGACGUCUAUGAUCUUGCUCUACGUCCUUUGCGGGUCAAUUGCAGGAUUUGUGUCUUCUCGCAUUUACAAGUUCUGCGAGGCCACAAACUGGAAGAUGAAUUCCAUCGCGACUGCGACUGGUUUACCAGCUGUAUUUGUCGGCAUGUUUACCCUUUUGAACAUCUUUUUGAGUUUUGCCGGGGCUGCCACCGCCGUUAGCUUUUUGACCAUCCUGGUUCUCUUCUUGCUUUGGGUCACCAUCUCUGCGCCUAUGGUCUUUGUUGGAGCAUUUAUUGGACUCAAGGCACCAACCAUUGAAGUUCCUACCAAAACAAAACAAAUUGCUCGUGUCAUCCCUGAGGCUCCUAUCCACAUGAAUAGUGGUGUUAUGAUGUUGAUGGGAGGUGUCCUUCCCUUCGGAUCCGUUUGCAUCGAACUGGCAUUCAUCAUGUCGGCGCUCUGGCUUCACCAAAUUUACUACGUCAUGGGAUUUCUUUUAGCCGUUUUGGGGAUUUUGGCAGCCACUUGUGCUCAAGUAAGCAUUGUAUUGUGCUACUUGCAGCUCUGCGCCGAAGAUCACCGUUGGUGGUGGAAGUCCUUUAACAACUGCGCUAUGGCUGGGAUUUACUUGUUCCUCUACAGUCUCUGGUUCUUGUCGAGCCGAUUGGACUUGGUAGGAAUGUUGCCCGUUAUUGUUUACUUGACAUACAUGUCAAUGAUAUCCAUUUGCUUCGGACUUUUCUGCGGAGCUGUUGGCUUCAUGUCCAGUUUCUGGUUCACCCGUACGAUUUACGGACAGGUCAAGGUGGAUUAGACGUGCCGCCGUUUGUGAGUGCUUGGCCGCUAUGCGACGACGAAGCUCUAGCUGUUGCCGCCGGCACGCUAAUUUCACUUUUCGAGAGAGCAAAUGUCUCAAAAAAUAGUAACGAAUCAAUAAAAUACGAUCUG